AUGGGGCGUAUGCAUAGUAGCGGUAAGGGUAUAUCCUCUUCCGCUUUGCCGUACAGGCGAACUUCUCCUAGCUGGCUCAAGAUCUCUUCACAAGAUGUUGAUGAAAAUAUUUGCAAGUUCGCUAAGAAGGGUUUGACUCCUUCUCAGAUCGGUGUUAUUCUCCGUGAUUCUCAUGGUAUUGCUCAGGUCAAGAGUGUUACCGGUAGCAAAAUCCUCCGCAUUCUCAAAGCUCAUGGACUUGCUCCUGAGAUUCCCGAGGAUCUAUACCAUUUGAUCAAGAAGGCAGUUUCAAUUCGCAAGCAUUUGGAGAGGAACAGGAAGGACAAGGACUCUAAGUUCAGGCUCAUUCUUGUUGAGAGCAGAAUCCAUAGGCUUGCUCGCUAUUACAAGAAAACUAAGAAGCUUCCCCCUGUGUGGAAAUAUGAAUCAACAACUGCCAGCACUCUAGUUGCUUAA